UCAGAUCAAUGAGAUAAUCUUGAAAUGGAAAAGAUGUUGCAAUUUGGAGUGAUAGUUUUUAUAUUUCAGUUUUAUUUUAGACAGUUUUUAAUUUUCGCAGGUAACUUUAUAUCUCGAUUAAUUAAUUUUCCCGGGUAAUUAUCCUUGUAUUUAUCUGUGAUCAUUUUCAUCCUUAGCCUCACACUUAGUGUUAGUGCAGUUUUAUUAGGGGGAGUAGGUAUUGCACACAUGAUUCAAAAGAUUGAAAAUAAAGAGUACAUGGGAUUUGGAGACCUUUGCACGUACAGAAAAUAAACGCUUCCAUUCAUUAAAGCAUACAAGUUUGUGGCUUUCAAACAAUUAUUUGGGGAGUUAUGUGUCUAAGCUUUAUCUGCACCUUUGACUCUUUUGGUGGUCCAAAUUCUGUUCAGAAAACUGAACAAAAGGCAUAAUAGAAAGAAGUACCACCCUGUUGCUGACACCAUCUUCAAUCAGAUGCUAAACUUCAACAGGCUGCACCAUUAUAUGACUGAUCUUGCUGCCAAGCACAAGGCUUACAGGCUGCUCAACCCUUUCAGAUAUGAGGUUUACACCACUGAGCCAACUAAUGUUGAGUAUAUACUCAAAACCAAUUUUGAGAAUUAUGGAAAGGUGCUGGAUUUGGAUCUAAGAGAAAAUAUAUGUUUCGGAAAGUGACCAUCCAGCUCAAGCUUGUGGAGGGUGACUCUGCUGGAACUGGACCAUUUCUAUCAUGGAGUUCCUUUAUAGAACAGGUGGUGAUGGUCCUCUUGUUGCUUUUGGUGCAUCUGAUGGUGUCAUUAGAGUUCUAUCAAUGAUGACAUGGAAGCUUGUGCGAAGGUACACUGGAGGUCAUAAGGGGUCUAUCUCUUGCUUGAUGUCAUUCAUGGCUGCUUCUGGUGAGGCUCUUCUGGUUUCGGGUGCUAGUGAUGGAUUGCUCAUAAUUUGGAGUGCUGACCACGGACAGGAUUCACGUGAACUUGUACCCAAGCUGAGUUUAAAAGCACAUGAUGGAGGGGUUGUGGCAGUUGAGUUGUCAAAGGUGAUGGGAGGUGCUCCUCAGCUAAUCACAAUUGGUGCUGAUAAGACAUUAGCCAUAUGGGACACCGUCUCCUUUAAGGUGUAUUGUAUGGUUGCACAUACUUUGCAGCCGCAUCUUGUAGCUGUUGGAACCAACAUUGGUGUUAUUAUCUGUGAGUUUGAUGCUAGAUCUCUUCCACCUGUUGCUCCUCUACCAACCCCAUCAGACAGUAAAAAGCAUUCUGCCAUAUUUGUAAUUGAAAGGGAAUUAAAGCUAUUAAAUUUUCGGUUAAACAAUUCUGCAAAUCCAUCUCUUGGAAAUAACAGCUCCUUGUCAGAAACAGGAAGACCCAAGGGAGAUUUUUUUGAACCAUUACCUAUCAAGCAGGGGAAGAAGCACAUAAGUACUCCUGUUCCACAUGAUUCGCAUUCAGUUCUUUCUGUCAGCAGUUCAGGAAAGUAUCUAGCAAUUGUUUGGCCAGAUAUUCCUUAUUUCUCUGUCUACAAGGUUAGUGAUUGGUCAAUUGUUGACUCUGGAAGUGCAAGACUUCUCGCUUGGGAUACUUGUCGUGACAGAUUUGCUAUAUUGGAAUUAGCAUUACCGCCUAGAAUUCCUAUAGUUCCCAAGGGUAGUUCAUCAAAAAGAGCGAAAGAAGCUGUUGCGGCACAAGUAGCAGCCGCAGCUACUGCUGCUGCUUCCACAACUUCCUAUACAUUUUUUGGCUUUGUCACUAGUGGACUCUUUUAGUAUUUAAUUAUGAUAAAUUUUGUUUAGCUGGGUUAUUUACUUGUGAGCAUUCUUUAACACUGUUUAAUUGCCUAAAAGGAUUAUAAAACUGUAUUAUGUAUACACAUAGUUAAUAGUAAUAGAGUUUCCAAUUUUUUGACA